AUGACAUGUUCUGGUUAUCCUGGAAGUAUAAAUCAUUUGGAAUUGGAUGCAAAAGCAGUGGCUGACUGGGGAGUAGAUUAUGUGAAGAUGCUUGCCUGCCACCCUGCGGAGAAUACUGCACCAGAUGAUUCGGAAAAAUUUGCCAGACUACUCAAUGCAACUGGCAGGCCGAUAGUGAUUUCGUGUACUUAUCCAGUAGUUAGUACUUGGCUUUCAAAAUUUAAUUUGACUGACUGGGAAAGAUUACAAAAUAAUUGUAAUUUGUGGCGAGUGACGUUCAACGUGCAAAACAACUGGGAAUCUAUAAUUGACGGUAUAAAUAGAUAUAAACUUCGCAAUGAUAUUUUGCCGAAAGUGGCUGGUCCCGGACAUUACAAUGAUCCCGAUAUGUUAGUCUUGGGAAACAACGGACUUUCGAAUGAUCAAAAGCGAGUUCAUAUGGGAAUGUGGUGUAUGUUUGCUGCUCCACUACUGAUCUCAGCUGACAUGGACAAGGUAGAUCAAUUCAGUGCAUCUCUGUUACGUAACAAACAUUUGUUGGCGAUAGAUCAGGAUAAAGGUGGACAUCAGGCGGAAUUCGUGAAAACACGAAAUGAUGUACAGUUGUGGAUACGAAAAUUAGAUAAUUGUCCAAUGGGUUGGGCAAUCGCUUGCAUCAACACAAAGGUUGAUGGAGGACCAAUCGACUUUAGCACGAAUCUGGAUGAAUUCAAAUCACAGAUGUAUACAAUAUCAGGAGAUAAGUUUGAAUUACUGGAUGUAUUCACGGGUGAUAGAUUCAAAGACGUGAGAUUGACAGAGAACUUUACAAUUUCCAUCAAUCCAUCUGGAAUAAUGAUGUUUCGAAUCAUUCCAUUCCAUUUGAUUACCAGUUUCCAGUAAAUUGGUGAUAGUUUUUACUAGUUGUUCGAAGCAAAUUUCGACGAUUCGUUGAUUGUCAGAUAGAUAAGUAACUAUUCUCAUGCUAAUGGUUUUACAAUUCACACUUAAUUUGCUCAG